UGGGAACCCAACAACGAGCUCGAGUACUACACGGCCAACAAUUUGGGAAACGCGAGGGUAGAGAAGGGACGCCUCGUUAUUGAGGCCAAAGUGGAGUCAAUGGGUGGCCGGGAGUUCACAUCCGCGCGACUCAACUCAAGAAACGCCUGGACUUACGGUCUGUUUGAAUGCAGGGCUCGCCUACCGAAAGGCAAAGACCUUUGGCCAGCCAUUUGGCUAUCGCCUCAGAACAACACAUUCGGCACAUGGCCAAACAGCGGUGAGAUAGAUAUCAUGGAGUACAGUGGACAGGUGAUCGACACCAUAGCCGGUACCAUACAUUACAAAGGGGUCGGGGAUGUGAUUAAUGUGUCGAAAGGGUCGGGAAAUAUCAAAUUUAACACCGAUUUUAGCGCCGCGUAUCAUAUAUUUGGUCUCAAAUGGGAUAAAUACAAUAUUACGUGGCUUUUAGACGGAAAGCCGUUUCACAGCGAAUAUAUUAAUACGUAUUUGUCCUCGCCAAAUAGCACCACCAGUUUUUAUCAACAAAAGGGUGAGCCGUUCAAUAUGGCUUUCCACUGGAUUGUGAAUAUAGCGGUUGGCGGCAACUAUUUUCCCACUAAUAUAUACGGCCCUCAGGUGACCCCCGCCGAGGGGCUCAUGUGGGAGAAGCCUACGAUG